CUGAUAAUAUUGGAUCGAAAAUUACUUAUCGCCCGGCGUGUGUGUUUGAUCAAGAAGAAACAAAAUGUCAGCGUUAGGGACAACUGUUCCUCUGUACAUCGUGGAUGCAUUUACAGACAAACCAUUCCAUGGCAAUCCCGCAGCCAUAUGUCUGUUAAAACAAAAACUGUCGGACGAAGAGAUGCAGAGGAUAGCAGCCGAGAUGAAUCUGUCGGAAACAGCUUACAUUCAGGGAGUUGGCAGUAAGAACUGUGACUUCACGCAAGGGGACAGGUUUAGUUUGAGAUGGUUCACGCCGACCAAUGAGGUGCCUUUAUGCGGUCACGCGACCAUGGCUUCCGCUGCUGUCCUCUUCUUUGUCUGCGACAACCCGUCGUCAUGUGUAACGUUUGAGACGCUGAGUGGAGACUUGAUAGUCCAGAAACAGGGAAAGGGGAUCACGAUGAACUUCCCCCUCAACACUCCACAACCCGAGAAUUUCGACAAUGUUGAAGAACUCUUAAAGCUAGUUACCAAGAGGGAUACGAUCGACAGUGUUCAUUAUUCCAGCACCACCAAGAAACUGUUAGUGAGGCUCAAAGACACUUGUUCAAGGGAAGACUUGGAGAGUCUCAAACCAGAUAUUACGAAUUUCCAGAAUGUGGAAUCCUCAGGACGAAUCAGAGGUGUGAUAGUGACGGUGAAGGAAGGGAGUGAGAGCGCCAACGGGGACAAGAAACAGAAGACAUACGACUUCCUGUCCAGAUACUUCGCCCCGUGGAACGGCAUACCGGAAGAUCCGGUCACAGGAUCCGCUCACACCGUGCUGGCUGGCUACUGGACCGGAGUCUUGGGGAAGGACACAAUGCACGCUCGACAGUGUUCUAAACGAGGCGGUGACGUCACUGUGCAUAUCCGGGAUGAUGGGAGGGUCGACCUUACAGGAGAGGCAGCGGUCGUCCUUAGAGGGUCACUGACGAUGUAAUAGACGUUUCCCGAGGGGUUGGGGUGUUACUCGUGAUAUCCGGGCACGUUUCAGCAGUUUUUAUUGGUAUACCUGAUAGCCUAUAUGAUGUCCCUUGGGGAAUACUGCCGAACUGUUAGACUCGCUCAUUGGACAUACUCCUGUGGCACUGGUCACACUUCGGCAGGUCCCGUGCCUACAUCAAAUGAUGACCGGAAUCAGCCGAGGCUAGCCGAAUGACUCCUGUGGUCAGUGAUCUAAGGGGACGUAAUCUCGGGGAUGCUGGUGAUCUGAGGGACUUUCACUGUAUGUGAGCGUAUGUGACUAAGGCCAAUUCCUCUAUUGUCAUAGAAACUUGAGAACUUGUCUCUCAGGUGUCACCGACAAUCUUGGGCACGGACCGUAGAGUACUCCUGUAUUGGGUGAUGAUGUUGUGCCUUACUUGUUGAUGGUCUACGGAGUAAUGUCCCCUACGAUUUUAUGCUGAUUCAGCAACUUAUCUCAAGGGAAUCUCAUAUAUGUUGCAUAUCAUUAUGUUGCAUAUUAUUGUCACUUGGCCGUACAGUAUUCUUAUUACACCAUAUUUUUAUUUCAUAUAAUACAUGUAAACUAACAUCGUAAACAUACACAUAAAAGUAAAAAGAUUUUUAUAUAUCAGCAUGUGUUAAUUUAGGGCUGAUAGCUCAACUGAUAUACAUGUAUGUUGAAUCAAUUAACUAGUCUUGUAUAUAGGGUUGUAGCAUUGUAUAUACAUACUGCUAUAUUUCAGAAAUUAA